AGUAGUUAUAUAGGAUAUCACUUAUACUAGACGCUUCCAAUGAAAUCGAGGUUAAGAUAUUGUCAAGCCGGUGUGUCUGUCGCAGGAGAGCCAUGACGUAAUUGAACCAUAACACUGUCGAACAAAGGCCUGGUCGAGAUUGAUUUUACACUCGAACGAACAAUGUGAAUGAACUUUCCCACAUGUCUCGUGAGGUGAAUUCAUUAAAACCACAGUGGUUUUGAGAAGAAAACACAUUUAAAAGCAGUUAGUUUGUCCGGGUGGCGUCAACGUUCACUGUGUAAAACAGCAGCAGAAAUAAGGGUCACUUUUCGUAAAUGACAGGAUAAAUAAUGAUAAAUAUAGAAGCAAACAGGAACACAUCCAGUCUUAACGAUGAAUCUAUUGCUGAUUGGAUAAAUCAAGUGAGAUAAGUUCAUUAACACAUGGUGAUUUUCGCACUGGAAGCAGGGAUCUACAAUGUGGGCACUGUAUGGACUUGCAAUCGUCUCACAUCUAGCCAGCUGUGUGGAGGCUAACGAGUAUUACAUACAUAACCAAAAAAUACAUUUCUGGGCUGAAGCUCUGGAGCACUGCAAAGGGAAUGGUUCGAUUUUGGCCGUGCUCGAUACUCAGGACAAACUUGAUGAGCUGUCAAGACGUCUUACAUCACAAGGAUAUAAGAAUUCGGCCCAGUUUUGGAUUGGACUUGUCUUCAAUGCAUCCAGUCGACAUUUCAUAUGGAGUUCAGGGGCUACUGUCAAUGCAACCUCUAUCAAUACUACUUGCGAUAUCAUUCAGAAUAAACGGAGUUUCUAUGGCGAGAACUGGUGUUUUCUGCUUAAGCAUGUCAAGUCCAAGUCACAGUGUUUUAAGAGAAAAGCUUGUGACAAAAGACUACACCCCGGUGCUGGUUACAUUUGUCAGCCGUCUACCCAAAAAGCUACAACCCUGACACUGACUCCUUCUGCGUCGGCAACGCAUAUGAAUUCUCGUAGCAGCGAGAUUUUUGCUGCUGCUACGACAGAUAACCCAAGUUCAAGUACCUCUGAAGAUGGGCAACAUAUGGCGACUUCUGUAGCCUCAUCUUCUAGCAUUAACACAGACACUGGGAUUCCUGUCUCUAGCACACGACCAAGAAGGGACGAAACAACGGUAUUUGAAGUUGAAACUAUCAUGGCGACUUCUACAUCUACAUCUUCAAGUGUUAGAGCAACCACCCAUAAUGAACCGAAUUCUGAGAUUUCGCUGAACACGGAGAAUUCACUAAAUUCUGCGGCGAAUCCGCUGUUAGAGUUUUCUAAUUUCAUGAAUGCUCUAGAUCCGAAAGAUCCAUUGUCAUUAAAGGUUGCCACAGACGCCUUUGAAGUGCUCGCAACUUCUGUACAAUCAACGAGCAAACUACGGAAUGGCGUCAACUUAAUUCAGUCCACUCAAACCAUCGAAGAGUUUGCAUUUCAGUACGCGUCUUUCAAUUUGAAUGCAUCAAACAGUGAGGAGAGAAAGGAAAACAAACAUAUUGUCUUACAAGUGUCGUUGCUGCCAAAGGGUUAUACCAGAAAGUUUUCAUUUACUGGACAGGAAGGUACCGAGGAGGUAGCGAGGAUAACUUUGCCACCGUAUUUGUUUCAAGAACAGGCAUUUCAGUACGCGUCUUUCAAUUUGAAUGCAUCAAACAGUGAGGAGAGAAAGGAAAACAAACAUAUUGUCUUACAAGUGUCGUUGCUGCCAAAGGGUUAUACCAGAAAGUUUUCAUUUACUGGACAGGAAGGUACCGAGGAGGUAGCGAGGAUAACUUUGCCACCGUAUUUGUUUCAAGAACAGGAUAGUGUAGUAGUCAACGCACUGUAUCGAGAUCUCCACAAAAUGGCUGCCAACCCGGAAUCUAGGAACAGCAAAAUUGAUUCCAUGAUCCUGGGAAGUGAUGUUAGACCAUCUAAACGAGAAAUUUUUACAGAAAAUGUGACAAUAAUUCUUCGUAUUCUGGAGGAAUAUGAAAGCAGAGGAAGAGAAAAGUGCGUUUUCUGGAAGUGGAAUUUUUCAUACCCAGCAAAUGGAAGUUGGUCUGGCGAUGGCUGUUCCUUGGUGGAGUCAAAUGAAAGUCACGUGGUCUGCACGUGCAAUCAUUUGACGAAUUUCGCCAUUCUUAUGAACAUCAAACAGCACAAGUUUUCAGACAAACACAAGCAAGCCUUAUGCUAUAUGACUUACAUUGGUCUAGGGAUUUCGUUACUUGGAGAGACUAUUACUAUUAUUGCGUACCUGUUACUAAUAUGUUCAAGUCCCGACCAACAAAGCCAUCUUCACAUAAACCUUGUCGCCACACUGGCGAUGGCACAGAUCAUAUUUUUGACGGGAAUCAACGCUACACAUAAUCAGGUUCUUUGCCUAACUGUUGCAGCUCUCAUCCAUUACUUUUAUCUCUCAUCAUUCUGUUGGAUGCUGAUGGAAGGCAUUAUGCUUUAUCUGUUAAUCAUUGAAGUCUACAACACUGAACUCAAGCUACCUUUGUGUUACGGCUUUUCACUUGGAUUGCCAGGUCUUGUUGUAGGAGGAACAUUGAUAAUUGCACACUUGCGAAGCGAGGGAAUACAUCAAUAUACAGCCAGCAGUUGGUGCUGGCUGUCAACAGAAAGGUAUUACAUAUGGUCUUUUGCCGGACCAGUCAUAAUAAUAUCUGCUGUAAACGUGGUGGUAUUUUGUAUUGUUGUGAAGGAAAUGGUAAACAUGACCAGCAUGCAGUCAAGUAAACUGAACAAGGUCAAAGCAGCAGUUAAAGCCUGCAUUGUCUUGUUUCCUUUACUGGGGAUUACAUGGCUAUUUGGUUUGCUGAGUAUGGCAAGAGCUGGUGUCGUGUCCCAGUAUGUCUUCACUGUACUCAACUCCUUACAGGUGCGCAAGUACAUUACAUGUACCUAUUUUAGAACAGGUGCAAGGUAUAUACCGUAAGGUGACUGUCGUUUUAUUCCCCCUUUCCUUAUAGCCCAGGCGCAAAAUUUGGAGCAAAAAGAUAGAGAAAAAAGUUAAUAGCAAAUAGCGCAUGGUACGG